GCACACAGGAAGUGUUUGUCAACCUGUUAAAAGGUUCCGGCUAGCUGGGGUUAGCCGACAGCCGGGUUCCGUCAUUGUGUAGGGAUGGAGGUUACACGCACAAAUUUUAAAGACUGUUUGAGCACGGUGUGCAGCGCCAUAGACGAGGCGGACUUUCUUGCCAUCGAUGGGGAAUUUUCAGGAAUAAGCGACGGUCCCAAUGUUAGCGCGCUAACUAACGGGCUGGAUACACCGGAGGAAAGGUACACGAAGCUUAAAAAGCAUUCUAUGGACUUCCUCAUGUUCCAGUUUGGAUUAUGUACAUUUAGGUAUGACCAGGCAAAGUCAAAGUAUAUCACAAAGCCUUUUAAUUUUUAUGUUUUCCCAAAACCAUUUAACAGGACAUCUCCAGACAUAAAGUUUAUCUGUCAAAGUUCCAGUAUCGACUUUCUCGCCAGUCAAGGAUUUGACUUCAACAAGGUGUUCUGUCAUGGAAUCCCAUACCUAAAUCAAGAGGAGGAAGCCCAGCUGAGAGAGCAGACAGAAGAAAGGAGAAAUCAACAUGCCAACGGUUUAGGGACUCCAUCCUUUAUCUCCCCAUCAUCCUCUAAAGUUCCUGCUCAUGUACCRGAUGAACAGAAAGACUUCAUUAAUAAAGUGGUGGAAAAGGUCGAGGCUCUCUUCAGUAACAARGAGAAGACUUUGGAGUUGGAGCCAUGUACUGGAUUCCAGAGAAAGCUGAUCUACCAGACGCUGAGCUGGAAGUUUUCCAAGGGUCUUCARGUGGAAACCUUGGAAACAGAGAAGAAGGAGCGAUACAUUCAGAUCAGUAAGGUUGAUGAAGAGGAGAAGAAGAAGAGGGAACYGAAGAAGCUGGAGCGAGAGCAGGAGGAGCUAAAUGACGCUGUAGGCUUCUCCAGAGUCAUCCAUGCCAUUUCCAAAUCUGGUAAACUUGUGGUGGGCCACAACAUGCUUUUGGAUGUGAUGCACACAAUUCACCAGUUUUACUGCCCUCUGCCUGAGGAUCUUCCAGACUUUAAAGAGGUUACCAUGUGUGUUUUCCCAAGACUUUUAGACACAAAACUGAUGGCCUCCACUCAGCCAUUUAAGGAGCUGAUCACCAACACAUCUCUGGCAGAGCUGGAGAAACAAGUGAAGGAGAGUCCCUUCAAGCCUCCACAUGUUGAAACGGCAGAGGGGUUCCCCAGUUAUGACACAGCCCAGGAGCAGCUCCAUGAGGCUGGAUAUGACGCCUACAUCACCGGUUUGUGUUUCACCUCCAUGGCCAACCAUCUGGGUUCUUUCUUGACACCCCCAAAGCCUUUCAUCUCUGCCCGGUCCAAACUAAUUGAGCCUUUCUUCAACAAACUCUUCCUUAUGAGGAUAAUUGAUAUACCCUACCUCAACAUCACAGGACCAGAUUUGCAACCCAAGAGAGACCACGUCCUGUAUGUCACCUUCCCUAAAGAAUGGAAGACUAGUGACCUCUACCAGCUCUUCAGUGCCUUUGGUAACAUCCAGGUGUCGUGGAUAGAUGACACGUCAGCUUUUGUGUCCCUCAGUCAGACAGACCAGGUGCAAAUAGCUAUGAACACCAGCCGCUAUGCAGAAAGCUACAGGAUCCAGACGUAUGCAGAGUACAUCCAGGGUAAACAUCAGGAAAAGGACAAGCCUAGUCAGACUGCUAAAUCCUGGGGUGAAGACGGCUGGGUGAAACCUCACUACUCCUCCUGUACAUCUGCUGGGUUCGGGUACCCCAGGAGGAAGCGCAGCAUCAGCCCCAUUCAAGGAGAGCAGGGAAGCGAAGAGGCUUCAGUCUUAGACUCCUGGAAUAACUUCUCAUUCCCAGACAGCACAGGAAAGAAGAAGAUGAAAUUUGAUGAUGCAAGUGAACAGGCAAAUGUUGAAGCCAUUGAGAGCAAAACAUCAGAGGGGUGGCUAAAGAUAACGGAUGCGUCGUGUUCAGCUGAGUCGAGCCCAGCCACAAACAAGGAAAGUCCUGAAAGCACAGAACCAGGCAGCCGUGCCGACGGGACAAGCACCUGGGAACAAACCCCAACGGUUCCAACAAAGAAAGGUCAAAAGAACAAGAAAAAGAAGUCUGAUGCAGCUGAAUCGAAAACCUCAUUGUUUGAAGUCCCAGAAGUUUGGUAGCGAGAGGUGAGGAGCAGCGAAGCCUCGGUCUGACCCUGGGCUCCUGCUCUCCUCCUAAGCACUCGGAGCACUCUCCCUCUUUAGGGUCGCACGGCGCUGAGAGAGCUUCACGCCCCCAAUUCACUCGUUCACUCACCGCUGUGGACACAAUGUCAGAAACUACCAGCCAAGCUCAACUGUUAACAGAGAACACAAGCCAUAACAGCUGCCAUAUUUUGAUCCGGUACCAGAGGAGCAGGCCCCUCCUCUGGGUUAACAUCUACAUAAAUAUCACUGUAGAUCUCAAUUAUAAGAUACAGAGUUUUUCAUUUCUUCAUCAUGUUCAAACUGGAAUCUGCCACCACAACCAUGCAGUCACUUUGAAUUCACUCWAAUUUUAAUGAUAGGCGUCUGUAAUCAGUUAUGUAAUGUGAGUGUGAGUUGUGUGUGUACGUUUGUGCCUGUGAGAGGAAAUGUAGUUUUUUUUUUGUUUUUUUUUUCCUAGUGUUUGUAUCCCUGUAAGUUUUCAUAAAACAAGAUAAAACGCCACAGAUCCCGUACUGUAAAAUGUCAGGGUUAUUAAAAUAUUUUUAUUGAUGUUUAAUUUUUUUGGAUCCUUUUUAAGAAGAUUAUGUUGUCAACACCUCCAGUUUUAUCAAGACACUUGUGUGCUUAUCGAUGAUAAUGUGACAUUUAUUGUUAAAAGGCAUUUUCACCCUUUCUGAGAGGUGCUUAUUUGUUUUUCUUUUGUUUUGUACAGAUUUUCCUUCCUUUCUGUGUUUUGAUGUUUUUGUAUUUGUGUCCACCUGCGAAAAUGUCAAAUUCUGGAAUGCAAAAUUACUUUUUUUUUGUAUAAGUUUAAAAAUCCUUAAAGAUUUCCUUUUUAAAGGGGAGAAAUUAAAGAAAUGUUUCUUAGUAA